CACAAACACAUUUUCGCUUAGUUUCUUAUCAUUUUAUCUUCUGUAGUUACAGUGUGAAGAACUCUUGAUUUAAAAAAAUUAAAAUAUACAUUUUGGGUGUUCUUCACCUCACCCUCGUCUGCUGUGGAGUGUUGACGGUCAGCUGUUUAUUUGACGUUUGACAAGCAAAACAACCAUAGCCGGCGAAAGUGAUCAGAGUGAUCUAUUUGCAAUAUAAAAGCAAAUUAAUAAAAUGGUAAUGACGUCAUUAGGACGAAAUCUAGUGCUUAGAUUGAAAUUUAACACAUACGGAGCACCAAAAAGACAUAACUUCGAUGUUGUCAAGCCUUUGUCAUGUGCAAAGUACAGUACUUCAAGUAGAAACACUAAAGUUUACGAGGAUGUAGUUGAAGCAGUUGGUGAUAUUAAAGAUGGGUCAAAACUUUUGGUUGGUGGCUUUGGUCUGUGUGGAAUACCAGAAAAUUUGAUUCAAGCUGUGAACAAAAGGGGCGUUACUGGUCUUACAGUAGUUUCUAAUAAUGCAGGUGUUGAGAACUUUGGUUUGGGUAUAUUACUGAAGAGUAAGCAGAUUAAGCGUAUGAUCUCAUCAUAUGUUGGAGAAAAUGCUGAAUUUGAGAAACAAUAUUUAACAGGAGAGUUAGAGGUUGAGUUGACUCCUCAAGGAACAUUGGCUGAAAGAAUCCGAGCUGGUGGUGCCGGUAUACCAGCCUUUUUUACACCAACAGGAUAUGGUACCCUUAUUCAAGAAGGUGGAGCACCUAUCAAGUAUGGUAAAGAUGGCAAAAUUGAUAUACAGAGUUCGGCUCGUCAUGUUCAAAAAUUCAAUGGUAAUGAUUAUGUUAUGGAAGAAGCAAUCACAGGUGAUUUUGCUUUAGUCAAGGCAUGGAAAGCUGACAGGCAUGGUAACCUGAUUUUCAGGAAAAGUGCCCGUAACUUUAACCCUGCCAUGUGUAAAGCUGCACGUAUAACCAUAGCUGAAGUUGAAGAAAUUGUCGAUGAAAUUGAACCUGAUACAGUUCAUGUACCAUCAAUAUUUGUGCACAGAAUUUUCAAGGGCAAUAAAUUCGAAAAAAGAAUAGAGAGAAGAACAGUCACCAAACCUGAGUCUCAGAAGGAGAAGAAAGCAUCAGAUUUGAUGCGAGAGAGAAUAAUCAAAAGAGUUGCACUGGAAUUUAAGGAUGGAAUGCAUGCAAACCUUGGAAUUGGUAUGCCAAUGUUGGCCAGUAACUACAUACCUAAAAAUGUGAAAGUUUUAUUGCAAUCUGAAAAUGGUAUCCUUGGACUUGGACCCUUCCCUACUGAAGAAAAUGUGGAUGCAGAUCUGAUUAACGCUGGAAAAGAAACUGUGACUGUAGUUCCUGGAGCGUCCUAUUUCUCAUCUGAUGACAGCUUUGCAAUGAUUCGAGGAGGUCAUAUUGAUUUGACUAUACUUGGAGCUAUGCAAGUCUCCCAGUUUGGUGAUCUUGCAAACUGGAUGAUUCCGGGGAAAAUGGUAAAGGGCAUGGGUGGAGCUAUGGAUCUAGUGUCGGCGCCACGUACAAAAGUUGUCGUUACAAUGGAGCACACUGCUAAAAAUGGAAGUCACAAAAUUCUUCCUGAGUGUUCACUGCCACUCACAGGAAAGAACUGUGUGGAUAUGAUUAUUACUGAAAAGUGUGUGUUUGAAGUGGACAAGGAAAAGGGUCUGAUCUUAACCGAACUGGCCGAUGGAGUCACAGUUGAAGAUAUUCUUGUGAGCACGGGCUGUGAGUUCAAUGUAUCACCAGACCUGAAGAAAAUGGGGGACAUUACUGAGGUUCAUUAAAAAUAAAAUAAUCCUUACUCAUCUCAUGAGACUGGAAUGCUAAGUCAAAAUCAUACAUAGCCAUAUUCUAUUAUCUUACUGGAAAUCUCGUAAUAAUUACAACUUAGACUUAGCUUUCAUUAUGCCAGAAUUUAUAGUUCAAAUGAAUUAAUUUUGAUUUUCCCGAUAUUAAGACUAUAUUUUUACAGAGUUA